UGUUUCACUGCUACCAGCUGCAGGCUCAUCCCAGUCCUUGUCGGAGUGGAAACACGGGGGCCGACAGUCCUUUUUUUUUUCUCCCUGUUUAUCUCGUUGUGCUUUCUUUAAUUUCACCCGCUUCACUCUCUGUCUCUCUUUUCCUCAGCAGACAACUUUUCCUUUUCUCUCCCUCCUUUCCGCUCCGUUAGAAGGUUUUAAAACCCUGUCCAUGUAAGCUCUGGUUAUGUAUUUAUUUGUUUAUUUAUUUAUUUAUUCUCUUUUUAUCACACGGAAUAGACAGGUAUAUUUCGUUUAGAUGUAUCCCAAAUGAGAAGACGCAAAAGAUGGAGCUGCACAUUUUAGAGCACAGUUUGAAAGUAGCAAGUGUAGCGAAAGAGGGUAUCCAGGUCUGCACUCACGGAUUAAUCAAACUAGCUUUUCUGCCCUCUAAAACAAGAUGUAAGUUCUUUAGUUUAACCGAAACGCCAGAGGAUUAUACCAUCAUUGUGGAUGAAGAUGGCUUUAAAGAGCUGCCAGAGUCAGAAUAUCUCAGUGUGGCAGAUGCGACGUGGUUAGCUCUCAAUGUGGUGUCAGGGGGCGGGAGCUCCACCAGUUCUCAGCCAAUAGGUGUAACAAAAAUAGCAAAGUCUGUCAUCGCCCCGCUUGCUGAUCACAACAUCUCUGUUUUCAUGCUGUCCACUUACCAGACUGAUUUUAUACUGGUUCGAGAGAGGGACCUGCCCAUGGUCAUGCACACGCUAUCAUCAGAGUUCACUCUCCUGAGGGUUGUCAACGGAGAAACAGUCGCUGCCAACAGUAUCGGGGUCAACAAUGGUUUUGUCAAGCCUAAAAUAGUCCCUCGGCCGAUCAUUCACCCUCUGUCCAGCCCCAGUAACAUGUUCUGCGUUACCAGCCUGGACCCCGACACGCUACCCUCGGUGGCCACGCUGCUCAUGGACGUCAUGUUCUACUCGGGCGGAGCAAAAGAGAUGGGGGGGCAGAACGAGGAUUCUGGACACAUCUGCUUUUUCUCGUUCUCGCUGAUCGAAGGCUACAUAUCUCUGGUCAUGGAUGAGCAGACAACACGGAGGUUUCCAAACAAUGUCCUCUUCACCAGCGCUUCAGGAGAGCUUUGGAAGAUGGUUCGCAUUGGAGGACAGCCUUUAGGGUUUGAUGAAUGUGGCAUUGUGGCUCAGAUAUCUGAACCACUGGCGACCGCCGACAUUCCAGCCUAUUAUAUCAGUACCUUCAAGUUCGAUCAUGCUCUGGUUCCUGAGGAGAAUAUCCAGAGCGUGAUUGGAGCCUUGAGGACCAAUGAGAGCACAAGACAGUGAGACUCAUCCUGACUGGACAAGAGUCCUGCAAACAUUUUUGAUUUCUUAUGUCAAACUCUUAAAAGUGCCAAGAGCUUACCCGAGGACUGGUUAUGGGGGGCGCUGGGGGAUAUUUAGUUUUGCAGUCAGUAUUGAGCAUUGUGUCACUAGCCACCAUCACUUCCUGUCUACCUGCAAAAAAGCCCUUGCCCAACCCGAAACUCCCAUCAUCAUGAACAGGGACCAUGCAAUAGUGUGAAUCCAGUGUUUUUCUUUUCCGCUCUUUUUUUCCUCCCCACCAACCCUCUUCCUCUUAUCCACCCCUCCUCCGCACACCAUUUUACCAUGGCAACAAGGCCUGCUUAAGCCUGGGCCUGGAUUUAAAAUACCAACUCUUCAGACAUUGCUUAUAACCAGCAUGCAUUAGUGGCAGGAGGACACAGAAUGUACUCAAAUGUUCAUCAAGAUUGAUUUUUUUUUUCAAUCUUGCUCCCCCUUCCUGUUUUCCCUUGCAGUGCCAAGACACAGGGCCUAAACAGACUCCUUUUCUAAACAUGAUUUUUCUGGAUGCAAUUUGAAGGUUAAGUUUUUAGUGAAAGACUACAGUUCAGCAAUAUGGUUAAGUCAAAAAUUUAAUUUUUGUGAAAGAAGCAUUUCAUGGCUGUUCAGAAAGUUUCUCGUUUUUGUUUAGAGGUUUUGUAUGUUUCCACCCACCUCAAUCCUAAAGUCGCAUUUCAGUCCCAAGCGGCUGGGUAAUGAAUUAGUAGUUGUUGUUUUGCAUUCACAGUACAAUCAAUGAUUUUUCUGUUUGCCCGGCUGAGUUGGCAGCGAAUGUGCAUAGAGAUUUUGUCCAGCGUGUGGAUUCAGGUGAGGUCAAACUUGCACUUGUUCAGGUUGUAUAAACGGAAGUACAAAACGAAUUGUGCAGUUUACUGUAUACUGUUUUUAAACACUCAUUUCGUGCUUUUAUUUACCCCAUUACCUUCCCGUUUUAUGUGUGGAGUAAUCACAUGUUUGUGAUUGUGGACAUAAAGAUGGCAACCAUACUUGCUCCUUUGAGUAUUUUGCAAAGCUGUCUCUUCAUUCGUAGAGGAAGCUGGUGGGGAAUGCUGUCGUAUUUUUGAAUGCUCAGUAAGGGUCAAGUGUCCUUAGUUUAGGCCUUCAAGCUCCCCUUGUCUGCACUUUAUUAAAGGUCUAUCUUGAAGAUCUUACUAUUCUGAUGUGAAAUAGAGGGGAUGAGUAUUUUCCCCUGGAAGGAGUCUCUUGUAGAAGGUGUCACUUGUUGCUUUUUACACAUGGAUUGGGUGUCUCUUUUCCGCAAGCUUUUCUUCUAUCAUCUCUGAAGCAAACAUCUGCAGAAACCAUGUAUUUAUCAGUGUUAAAAAGGGUGACAUUUCUUCUCUGACAAUUAAAGAUGUGAAAACAGUAGUUUUUCAGCUUAGUUUGUUUAGCUUUGUUUUGUUUUUUUUUUAUUUGAUUUUUUGUUACUCUCUUUUCCACUGUUCGAACCAUGUUUUCUUAAGAGUACAGUAGGGGUUUACACUAUACGAUUGUGAAACCAUGUGCCAAUUUCGGAUUUCUUAAGUUUAUGAUGAUGAUAUUAAUUUGCUCAUAUCUGUGAUUUACAAAGAUAAGCUGAAUCCUAUGAUCUUUGCGUAGGCUGCUUCUGACUACCCAUACAAAUGAUUGAUUUCAUUUGAAGAAUUGCAUUGAUUAAACCAGUUCAGACAACAGAAAAGGUCAGAAUUUUGUUGACUUUUGUCUUUACUUGAUGCAGUGUGUUGGCCAGAAACAAUGUCCCUUUAAACUUGCACAUUAAAGAGGGCAAUUUUUCAACCAUUUCCUUUUCCCUCUCCCUCAGAAUGUAUAUUGCUUUAUAAAUGGUACUAUAAUCUUAUAUGAUCUACAAAUAUAGUUUGGUACAAAUAAAGCAUGUACUUGAUUCUGAAGGAUACAGCAAUUUCAAUAACUUUGACUUUAAAUUCUGGGUUCAAUGCAAGUUGAGCUCAAUCGACAGCAAUUGUGGCAUAAUGUUGAUUUAACACAAAUUUCAACUCGUCCCUCCCUUUUAAAAAAGUUACAGUGAGGCACUUACAAUGGAAGUGAAUAGGGACAAUUUUUGGAGGGUUUAAAGGCAGAAAUGUGAAGGUUAUAAUUUUAUAAAAGCACUUACAGUAGUUUGUCUGUUAAAACUUGUGUAUUAUUUGAGCUGUAAAGUUGUUUAAAUUGUCGUUUUUACGUCCGUUUUAGGGUUUGUUGACAUUACAUUGUCAUAGCAAUGAAGUUGUAAAAUUGGCUAUAAUUUACACAGAAAAGGUUAGUAAGUGAUUUAAAGAAAGGAAGAUAUGAAUUAUAUUUUUGUGGUAAUUAAUAUUAUGCCACUAAUUGUGUCGAUUGAGCUAAAAGUGUAUUGAACCUGGAAUAUUCCUUUAAGAUCGUGCUUAUGUUUUAUUGCACAUUAAUGUUCAGCCAAUGGAAUAGUUCACCAAUAAUGAACAUUCUGUAAUUAUUUAAAAUAGUUUGUAUUACUUGUCUUUUCUGUUCACAAAAGUCUUUCCCUCUGCUGAAGCUUUCGACUCUAAUUCACGCUUCUACAUGUUCAAACCGGACACGACCUAUAAUCACAGCACGUUUGACAUCAAUGAUGCCAAACGAUUGUGGUUUUCACAUGUCUCAACACCAGUGUUUGGUGUAAUCUAAUUAUAAAGUAAUUACUGUAAUCUCAUUACUUUUUUAGUAAUGUAACAUUACAUUUUAAAUUCUUCUAAUCAGGUGAGUUUCAGUUAACUUUUAAGUACAUUGCUUGGGUUACACAUUUCUUAAAUAUUGAAAACAUGUUCAUAUGUACAUCUGUUUGCAUUUUUGUGACCCCUAAUGACUAACUGUAAGGUAGAUAUGUGUGGUGCUGAGUGUGUGACUUGCAUGCAAUAAUAAAGCAUGGAAAUAUGUCCAUUAGGUAAC